UAGAAAAAUAAUACAGGUUUCAGAAUUUUCCUUCGAAGGAGAAACCAGGAGGACUACAGGACUCCCCUUCCCGUCUCCUCCUCCUCCUCCUCCCAUCAUCAUCUCGAUCUCCCUCCUCCUCCUCCUGUCUUCCAGGCUUCCUGCUUCUUAACGUUCCCAAACACUAAAGUCUUCUGAAAGGAAAAGAGAUUUUUUUUUUUUAAUUCGGUGAUGAAGGGUGUGCCGGCUGAAAAUCUUUCCCAUACCAAUUCUAAUGCAGACGCCCUUCAAAGACCAAAAAAUGUAAAACCUCUUAAUGAUAUGAGUGUGGAGGAAAGGAUCACAGCUGCAGAUCAGAGAAAGAUGGUAGGAAAUGUCUUUUUCAAGAACGAGAAACUGGAGGAGGCUAUGGAACAGUACAAAAUGGCGAUUUCAUACAUGGGGAGUAAUUUUAUGUUACCGUUAUCAGGGAAGCAACGAGCCAUGGUUGUGGAUGUGAAGACCCCAUGCCACCUCAAUAUGGCAAUGUGUUUAAUAAAACUCAAGCGCUAUGAAGAGUCGGUGAUACAUUGCAGCACUGUGUUGACUGAGGAUGAAACGAAUGUAAAAGCAUUGUUUAGGCGAGGAAAAGCUAGGGCGGAACUCGGGCAAACAGAUGCUGCCAGGGAUGACUUCCUCAAGGCUCGUAAAUAUGCACCUGAAGAGAAAGCAAUAGCCAAGGAAUUACAUUUGCUUGUUGAGCAAGAGAAAGCUUUUAAACAGAAGCAAAAAGAUUUCUACAAGGGUAUCUUCGGGCCGAGCCCUGAAAAGAAAGAGAUUUCAUCUGAACAAAUGAUUGAAAAUAUAUCAGAAUUUGCAGCUGGACCUAAACUUAAAAGGAGAUGGCAACAACAAGAACAGCCAUUGUAUUGCAGGAGCUUCACAAUCAUUGAUUGCGAGUUGGAAAAUGAGGAUAAGAAAACUGUAUAAUAACAGGGAGUAAAUGUAUGUAUCACUUCAUUCUCUCCCGAGGCUAAAAACAGAAGCUCGGUAUUCUUCUCAUCUCUCACUGUUGUACAUUUGUAAGUGUACACAUGUUGGUUCCAAAUAAUUUAAAUCCAGUUAAUAUAAUGAUGUGUUCGAGUACCCAA